AUGCUUGAAAAUGGGAUCUAUUUUACCAUCCUUGGCUUGGUCGUGCUCGACGAUAUCCGCUUUCCAGAUCAGCGGCCACUGAAUAAUAUACUUGGCAGCUCUGGGGUUUACGCUCGACUAUUCCUUCCUCCUCCACAAACUGAGUCAGUUGGGUGGAUGCUCCAUAUCGAGCACGAUUUUCUGGAAUCGACUCAACGCCAAUUGGAAAGAUGGUCAGUUUCACUUUACACGGAUAAAGAGGCGGACAAUUUGUCAACGAGGGGGCUGUUAGAGUAUGGAGAUACUACGUUUGCACCCAAGAAGUUCAGAUACACAACCCCAGUUCUGACUGUUCAGGAGAGAAGUUUGGCAAAUACCGAACUACUAAAGUCAAAAGCAUAUCAUUAUCUGGAAACCCCCCAAACCAUCGCUACUCGUGUUUCAGAUCUUCAUUCUCUUCUACAAAAGGUUAUACCGGCUCUACCAGAAAAGCCUCUGGUAAUCUGGGAACCUGCGACUCUGUCAUGUAAACCGGACAAUUUGCAGGCAUGUCUGGAUGCUGUGGCCUUUGUUGAUGUGUUCUCUCCUAAUCACUUGGAGUUACUGUCCUUAUUUGGAGAACCAGCUUCAUCUACGACUAUAGAUAAAGAAAAGAUUAAAAGCCUGGUUACGAUAUUUAUUGACAGGGGCAUCGGCCGCGACGGCACAGGUGUCGCGAUUAUACGUGCAGGUGAACACGGCUGUUGUAUCUUGAGGAUACCUAAUAUUAACCCUGUUUGGCUUCCUACAUUUUAUAACAACUCUUCUUCGUCUUCUGAGAAAAUGCUCGGCCAAAAUUCGAUGUUUGCUGACCCGACUGGAGCAAGAAAUGCGUUUCUAGGGCCAUACGCAGUUGGAUAUAUCAAGACAAAUAGUGCGUAUUUUGCGUUAGAACAAGUUGGGGUACCUGAGUUGAGCACAGUAGAAGGAAAGGAAGAGGAAUUAUGGAAUGGGAAUAGUGUUCUUUCGAGAUUUCGGGAGUAUGUACAUAGCCUGGAAUCCUUGGAGGUUACGACUAUACCAGAAGGGACAUGGCAGUAA